GCAGCUCCUUUUCUCGUCAUGCCAGCGAAAACGAAGCCCAAGGCGACUCCUGCGGCCAAACAUGUAUCAAAACCGAAGACGAGGCCGGCUCCGACGGUGCCCGCGCAGUUGACGCGGUUGUUCAAAACGUUGUGCGCGCAAAUCGAUGGCGGACACCAUGCGAGCGCUAUCAAGACUUGCGACAAGAUAUUGCGACUGGCUCCGGGCGACGAAGACGCGCUGCAGACGAAGCUGUUCUUACUGCUGACGACGGACCAGCCGAGAGAAGCGUUGGCGCUCAUCGAGGGUCUCCCGGCAGAGUCGGCCUUUGAGAAGGCGUAUGCGCUAUACUCUUUGCAGCAACGCGACGAGGCGCGUAUGCUUUUGGACGGGAUCGGGGAGGAGGAACGGGGAGCAAGGCAUUUGGCCGCCCAGUUGAAUUACCGCGAGGGCGCAUACCAGGCCACGCUUGACAUCUACAACGACCUGCUCGACUCCGCACCGACAGCCGAAGAACACGCGGAUAUCGCGACCAACACGCAAGCCGCGUCGACCCACCUCGACUUCAUCAACGCCGGCUACCUCCGCGGCCUGUCCGCCCUCUCCGGCGCCGCCCAGCUCGAAGAUGCCCCCCCGCCACUGCCCACAGCGUCCGCGCUGCCCGCCCAGGCACCCGCAAAGCCCGCACAGGAGGAUCAGCCGAAGAAGAAGGUCAAGCUUCCGCCGGGCGUCGUGCUGGGCGUGACCCCACCACCAGACCCGGAGCGCUGGCUCAAGAAGAGCGAGCGCUCGACGUUUGGCACGGGCAGGCGCAGAAAAGGCGGAGGUGGGGCGACACAAGGCAGUUCAGUCGAUGGACCCGCUGUUGGUGGAGGAGGCGGUGGGAAGAAGGGCGGGAAGAAAAGAAAGUAG